AUGUCAUUCUUUCAAAACUUUAAUGCACAUUCAUUAAGGUCAACUAGAGGCUUCAAGUUGAAACAAACCUCACCAAUAUCUAGUCCGCAGCCAGUAUCGAACUCGACGUUCCCUGCAACACCUAUACCCAACCAAUAUUCUCUGGAUGGACCCAUUCAAACGAUUAACUUGUCACAUGCUGGAUCAAACGGAAACAAUGCUCAACCAGUCUCUUCACAUAAAGAUAUCAGAAGUUACGCUGAACAAACAUUAGGUUCUGAUAAUGCCUUGAUCCAAGCGGUGAAGCUUCCUCUAGAUGAAGAUGUCAAUGAAUGGCUUGCAGUACAUGUGGUUGAUUUCUACAAUCAAAUAAAUAUGUUAUAUGGAGCUAUUACUGAGUUUUGCUCACCGGUAACAUGUCCUCGUAUGAUUGCCACUGAAGAAUAUGAAUAUUUGUGGCAGGAGACGAACGGUCCGGGAGGCUCGGGUGCUUCAAGAUCGGCUCUGCCCAAACGCCCGGUAUCUCUCCCUGCUUGUGAAUAUAUUGAGAAUUUAAUGAACUGGAUCCAAAACUUUUUCGAUAAUGAUAAUACUUUCCCCUCCAAAAUUGGAGCUCCAUUCCCACUGCAAUUCCAAGCCUUGGUUAAAACCAUUUUCAAAAGAUUAUUUAGAAUCUAUGCUCAUAUCUAUUGUCAUCAUUUCCAUGAGAUCUCUGAAUUGGGAUUACAAAGUCAUUUGAACACAAGUUUGAAACAUUAUGUUUUGUUUGCCAAUGAAUUUUCUUUAAUUAGUUCAAAAGAUUAUGGUCCAUUAGAAGACUUGGUUGAUCAAAUGCUAAAGAAAUAA